AUGGACCAUUACCGCCGCUCCGCCCUUCGCGACCACAACCACUCCACAAUGCCCGGCCGUUACCCCACCGAUAGACACGCAACAGUCGAGGACGAGCAUGAAGUCAACUACAUACCCCAUUCCACGUCUGUCAACCAGAUUCCAUACACCUCUCGCCAUCCUGAUAACUUCAACUCAACAUACUACCCGCCGCCGCCAUUAACGACUAUGCACAUGCCAACAUACCCCUCCAUCCCGCCUCUGGCUCAUACCCGAUCGAGAACCACCCCCGAACUCCGCUUCGCCCUGAAACUCCAGUCCUACAACCCGCUCUCUGACGAGCUCCUCGCCCCUAUUUCGCUCGACAUGCCGCACCGCCGUCUUGCCGGGGAAGCAGUGGAGAUGCGACGCGUGUUAGAUAGUGUGCUGAGGGCUGAUACCGGAGGAGAUGGGAGAGUGAGGUCCGGAGAUAAACUCGAUGUGCUGCUGAAGGUGGUGGGACACUUAAUGGAGAGGAUGGGGGUUGUGGAUGACGUGCUGUUUCGGAUGGGUCAGGUGCUGGGUGGUGGGCAGGCUGGAGAGGAUCAGGAUGAGGCUGGAGAGAGAGACACUGCAUCGAAUGGGGUGGAGGCAAAGAGCGGGUGGUUUGGGUGGCUUCGGUGA